CAAGCCUGCAACCAUUUUGUCUUAAAUACCUCUGCAACUUUCAAACCAUCCCUCCAUAUAAGUCCUUGGAUUAGGUCAUUGCCCUGACAUGUCUGGACACAGAUCAAACAUGCAUGAGAAUUGACCUAAUCUCAUAACACAUAUUGUUGUUAUUAUUAAGUUUAGGUCAGUGCUAUUCCCAAGAAACAUGUCACAGUUAAUACAAAUAAUAAAAUGAAUAAUUGCAAUAAGAAGAACUUAAUAUUUUAGUCAGGAGGAAAUUGCCCAGGAUGACGUGCCGUUCAUGAGGUUUGGUGCACGUCAUUUCCUGUGGGUUCUUCUAAAGAAGUUUCAAAGGAGUGUGAUCAUGACAAGUCCACACAAUUUGACUGUGAGACACAGAGGAGAAUGAAUGGUCAUGUAAAGAAUAUGCAUUUUCAACAGCUUGUGGAAAGAGCAGCAACAAUACUCUGCUUCCUGCUGCUUGUAUUUGUUGAUUCAACAAAAACCGUGGCAGCCGCCAGAAAUCAGGGGUGCAGCCAUGACCUGCAUCAGACUCUGAAGCUCACCAGGUUUGUCCAUAAGGACACUGGUGAUCUAAUAAAGCAAUAUAAAGCGUCCCAAGGGGAAAUGGCAGAGCUCCUCUGCAAGGCUUCGGUGAGUGACAUCCCUGACCCAAACAUCUCUGGGCUGGAGCCUUCAGAGAAAACAGCAAGCAUGUAUGCACAGCUCCAAGCCUUCGCCCCUCAUCUGAGGAGGGUGUACGAGCAGCAAACAGACUUGCAGCCCCCCAAGAGUCCGCUUCUAAAUCUGCUUAACAUGGUGAUAAAUCGGACCGGGAUGCUGACUCGCCGCAUAAACAACUUUUAUCACAAAGUCUUCCCGAACCUUCCUCUACCGGAACCGGCGGGUGGAUCCACAACAGUACCGUCGCCUCAGAACAUCUUCCAGCAGAAGGUCUACGGCUGUGUGGUCCUGACGACCUACAAGAAGCUCCUGACAAACAUGUCCAAAAACAUGAGGACUCUAAGAAGCAAAGUCUGCAGAAAGGCACCACCAAGUGAAUUCAACUUAUUUUGAUGACCUGGGACUGACCUUCAGCGGUCAGUUUCCAGCAGCACUUUACUUACUUGUAAUAGACUUACAAAAACAUUAGCUUGAAGAUGGCAGGUACAUUGGAGUAAUGGAGGAUAUUUAUCGUAUUUAAUAUUUAUUUUCUGAAAGUGUUCCUGGAAUGAGUGAAGUGUGAAAUGAUUAACAGGCUUAUUGUUGCAUGUUUUGUAAUUUAAAUGUUUUUUUUUUUUUUUUUUUUUUGCUUUAUACAUAACAUUAAUCUCUUGUUCACGCCUGAUUACAUCAGUAUGGAGAAUUAAAAGAUGCAACACAAGCUGA